CAUCCGCAAUCACAGAUAUUUACUAUAUUUAUCUCCUCUUUCCUCCAUCCGUACGUCCUGCUCCUGCUUUCUGCUUCUCACCCUUCUUCCUGUCUUGGGUAUGAUGAUGAGCUCCAGCCUGCUGGAAAAUCCGGUGCAGGCGAUUCUGUACCUGCGGGAGCUCACCACCAUCGUCCAGAACCAACAGAGUCUCAUCCAGACCCAGCGCUCCCGGAUAGAGGCGCUGGACCGACGGGUGGACGAACUCAUCGGCGAGAAUAGGCACUUGCAGGACGUCAGGGUACAACAGGAGCAUCCUUACCAUCACCAAUAUCACCAUCACCCCGACCCCAGCUGCUUUCAUCAACAUCCCCACCCCCAGGACCCUCAGGUAAAGACCAGUGUGGGGUCUCUGCCAGACCAGGCAGCGGCACCAGCAGAAGUCGAGGUGACUCCGGUUGUCCAGCCGUUGCCUCCCCAACCUAUGGACCCGGGGGACAUGCAGCUGGUCCCGGCCGACCUGUCUACGGUUUCCCCAGUUGACAGUGACCCGGAAAACGGCGGAAGUUUCCAAAGCUGCCGCUCUGUGGUUCUGAUGACCCCCACAACCCUUUGUCAAUCCCUGGCCCUGGCCAGGAAUUCAGAGAGCGAGAACGUGCUGCAUCAGUUUUGCUGCCCCGCCCCUGAGCAUCCAGAGGCUGACACUACCGGCUCAUCCAGUGGACAGAUGCUGAGUCUGGAGGAUGGAACAUCCUCUGGUGGUGGACAGGAAGUGGAGGGGACCAAGAGAGAGGGACCGAGCAAGUACGAGAUCAGCCUUGAGAAUAAGAACAAGCAGAUAGAUGAGUUGGAGCAGAAAUAUGGAGGCCAUCUUAUAGCGAGGCGGGCAGCCCGUCGCAUCCAGACGGCCUUCCGUCAGUACCAGCUCAGCAAAAACUUCCAGAAGAUCCGUAACUCUCUGUCGGAGAGCAAGUUGCCCCGCCGGAUCUCCUUGCGCCAUCCGAGUCCUUCAGGCCGAAACAGGAACACAGCCCAGAGACACAGUUACAGUCUGCACCCUGCAGGAGUGCAGAUUCCCUUGCGCUCCAAAACUCCUCCUCCUCCUCCCCCAUGUCGCUCCACCUCUCUGCCCCCUUCUCCUGCGUCUACCCCAGCAGCUGGUCGCUCUCCUGGCCCAGCCCCACCUCAAACCCCUGGACAAACACUCACACAGCUGGAGGACUGCUUCUCUGACCAGCUUCAUUCCUUGGCUCAGUCAAUUGAUGACACCCUUCGUGGUUGGAGCUUGUCGGAAGGUGGAGACGGGAAGGGGCUACUGAUGGAUCCUGGGGCCCUCCGUGCAGCUGCUGAGAGUGCUCGUCUGCCUCGCAGUGCGAGCUCGCUGCUCAUGGCCUUCAGGGAUGUCACUGUUCAUAUCGACAGCAAUAACUCCUACACCAUCUCCACCGCCACCACCACAACCACCACCUCUUUGGGCAAUGCGGGCGGGGGAGAGUCGGGCAGUAGGAAGACUUCUAUGAGCGGGAUGGCUGGAGGCGGAGAUGGCCACUGUGCAGAGGAGCCAGAGUUUCCUGCACCUCCACCCAUUGAGGAGCUUCAAAUGGCUGAUCUAGGAUCCAGGAGGGGCUCAGUAGUGCCAGUUGGAGGAGGAGGAGGAAUGGAGGGGGAGAGUGGCUUAAACAGACUGGGGUCCACAUCCACUUCUACCUCCACCUCUAUCUCCACCUCAGCCCAGUCCAACCAGCAACCUGCUCAGAUUUACACCCAGUACCAUCAGUACCACUACACUCAUCCUCAGCAGAUCCCUGGGGGGCCGAGCCCAGAGGCCCUGCAGGCCCUGGUGGUCUCUCUGCCCAGGGACCGCUGCCAGGAUCCAGCCACCUGCCGCUCGCCAACGCUAUCCACAGACACACACCGCAAACGCCUCUACCGUAUAGGACUCAAUCUCUUCAAUGUGAACCCGGAGAGAGGCGUCCACUUCCUAAUCACGCGUGGGUUCGUCCCGGACACAGCCAUUGGAGUGGCUCACUUCCUGCUCCAGAGGAAGGGCCUAAGCAGACAGAUGAUUGGGGAGUUCUUGGGGAACAGCAAACUGCAAUUCAACAGAGAUGUUCUUGAUUGUGUUGUGGAUGAGAUGGAUUUCUCAGGCAUGGAGCUCGACGAAGCCCUCAGAAAGUUCCAGGCUCACGUUCGUGUUCAGGGAGAAGCACAGAAAGUGGAGAGACUCAUCGAGGCCUUUAGCCAGAGGUACUGUAUGUGUAAUCCUGAUGUGGUGCAGCAGUUUCACAACCCAGACACCAUCUUCAUCCUGGCCUUCGCUGUGGUCCUCCUCAACACCGACAUGUACUCACCCAACAUCAAACCCCAGCGCAAAAUGGGCCUCGAUGACUUCAUACGCAACCUAAGAGGUGUGGAUGAUGGAGCUGACAUCCCCAGAGAGAUGGUCGCAGGCAUUUAUGAGAGGAUCCAACAACGAGAGCUCCGCUCCAAUGAAGACCACGUCACCUAUGUGAGCCACGUGGAGCAGUCCAUCCUGGGCCUCAAAACUGUCCUCGCUGUGCCCCACAGACGUCUGGUGUGCUGCUGUCGUCUGUUUGAGGUACCUGACGCCAACAAGCCUCAUAAACAGAAACUGUCCCAGCUCCAGAGAGAGGUCUUCCUCUUCAAUGACCUGCUGCUGAUUCUGAAGCUGUGUCCCAAGAAGAAAAGCUCGGCCUCCUACACCUUCUGUAAAGCUAUGGGUCUUCUGGGAAUGCAGUUUCACCUCUUCAGCAAUGAAUACUACGCCCACGGCAUCACCAUGCUGAGCCCAUUUACUUCAGAGAAGAAGCAGCUGGUGAGUUUCUGCUCCCCGAGUGGAGAAGAACUCAGGAAGUUUGCAGAGGAGCUCCGAGAGGCUAUAACAGAAGUCAACGAGAUGGAGCAGAUACAUAUACAGUGGGAAUUGGAGAGGCAACAAGGCAUCCAGCCAAGCGGCAUACACACCAAUGGCGGGCAAGUGGACACACACACAGGACACGGCUCUCCCUCAGGGCAACAGGAUGCGUACGAUAAAACCGGCAACAACAACACAGUCGAGGUGUCAAUUCACAACAGGCUGCAGACCUAUCAACUGAGCCAACCCAGCAUUGAGUCGAUGCCUCUGGCCCUGGCGGCGACACCCGCCCUGCUCAGCUCCAUCCAGCCUGGAGAGCUUCGCCCAGAAACACUCAUCCAAUGUCAGCAGAUCGUCAAGGUGAUUGUUGUGGACCAGAGUGGGCGAGGGCGGAUGGAGGCCUUCCUCAGCCAAGGCCCGGCUACCCAUCAGCUCAUCCAGUCGGCCAUGUCCACACCUGUGCACGUCAGAGAGGGGGACGGCCCUCAGCCUCCUCUGCCGCCUCCACCUCCACCUUACAACCACCCCCACCAGUUCUGUCCACCUGACUCACCCACGCCCUUCCACCACACCCUGCCUCUCACCCGUAGGCGCAACUCCAGCGGUUCCCGAAGCAUCGUCUGAGUCGAUGGCUACUCUACAAACUUUGGGGGGCAGACACAAACCUCACGUUCACAUGCAGCAACAGACACAUGCUGGAGUACUAGCCUACUCACUUUGAAUGGUAAGAUUAAAGCAUUGCUAAAAACAAGGAAUAUACUGCAUGAGUCUCGGAAAAGGACAAAGGAAAUCGAAACCAACGAGAAUCUAUUCAUAGUCUUUAGUGCUGGUGUUUUUUUUACUAUGGAGCAGCUUUGAUGCCAUUUCUGAAAGACAACUUUUCUUCUGUCAUGUCAACCGGUAGCUGAAGGUGUUGUCUGUCUAGAUUUCACACUCUUAAAACAUCGUGUGACUUUGCUUUUUAAAUAUCACCUUUCCAACAAAUGUGUCUGAGCUUUGACUGAAACUAAGGGGCAUUGUCAGAAAAAGCCAACUGUGGCAGCCCUGAAAGGAUAAGGGAUCACUUCAAAUAUGAAGAACAAACUUAUUUUGUUUUGUUCUCUUUCAGGAUAUUGAUGUUCAGUUCACAUCUCUUUGUUCAGUCCAGGUUUCCAGUGUUAGAUACCGCUCUCUGUGAAGAAGCAUUUCAGAUGAGCUAAUAUUCUCCUCACCGCAAUCUUUUUUUCCCCUCUCAUCUCUGCAUAAUGUGAAGAAACAAGAGUGCCAGUUUAUUUGUUUCCUUCAUCUACUAGGGAACAGGUCACCAGUGUGUGAGGCAGAAGGCCAAAACAAGGUGAAUUGCUCUUGCAUCUCUACCCUGUCAUGUGCAGUAAGCACGGAUGAUGCCACUCACGAAACCAUCCUAAAACCACCUGACGACAAUCAUAUUUUCUGUGCUUCAUUGUUGUGUGUUCUAAACUUGUAUGAGACGCUAUCUUCACAAUAGUGUAUGACUGCCCUGAUUAUGUGGCAUUUCGCUCCCACAGAGCUCAGGAGAUUAUUUGCUGCACUGUAACAUGUAAUAUCUGAGUUGUACUGAGCGCAGUGUGCUUGUGGACUGUGUUCAGCCUGCUUACUCGUGGGCAGCAGGGAGUAAGUAAUCCAAAACAAGGCGACAAUAGCCAAAUGGACGCUUUUCUCCUGCUGCACAUUUACUCCUAAUGGGUUACCUAGUGUGAAUACUGUUGUUACCUUCGGAUUUAGGCAAUAUUUGUGCCCAGAAAACUCUUAGCUUUAGUUUGAAAAUGUAUAUGAAUCGCUCCAUACAGGGUAGACUAAGGUCACCUCACAAAAACAUGACUCCCCUCGCACAAAAUAUAUUUUUCCUUGCACACUGAAAGUUAUAUAAGCAGAGUUGCAUUUCUAUACUGAAUGUUAAAUCGGGAAGCGGUAUUGAUAAUGGAUGGAUGUUAAAUAGGGGGGAAACUGAAGAUGGAAUAACAUGGAAUAAUUAUUGAUUUUAUCAUCGGGUUGUCUGUCCAGUGUCGAUAGUUCGAGCUUGAGCCAGUUUGUACAGCAGAUUGCAAAUCAUCCAACUGAGACACACCGAACAUGUCUUGUACCUUUUGCACCACAGAAUAUAUUGGAUAUUUUGUUUAUAGAUAAUAUAGAUUUAUUCUGAAAAAGUGAUUGGUUUGCCCAGUGUGUGUAUCUACGUAUGUAUUUGUACAGAGAAGAAUCUAGUUUAAAAAAGGAUAUUAUAGUUAUCAUAGCUAUUAUUAUAGCUAUUAUUAUUAUUAUUAUUAUUAUUAUUAUUAUUAUUAUUAUUAUUCACAUUUAAUAUGAAGGAGUGUCCUGAAUCCCACUGCUACGAGAGGCAGUAAACAGACAGUUUUUAUAGAACACACUCCAGUUACCAUGGUAACACACAGAGAUAUAAAUACAGAUCUACAUUUAUUAUGAAAUUAUAGUCAUAUUAUUAUCGAAUAAUUAGGAGAUCGCUGUGUCACCUGUUCAGGUGUGUAAAGGGCUAUGCUGUAUUGAUGAAUAUGUGAAGUGAAUCACAGGUCAUGCACACAUGUGCAUACAUAACCACACGCACACGCUGACAUACACAAACAUGCACAUAGCUGCUAAAGCAACAGCAAAUCCAACUGAGAAUCAUCUUCGAGACGGAUUUCUCGAGUAAACAACCCCACUUUGUUUACUGUAAACUCUGACUUACUUGUACUAUAGAGCAUGAUAUUGUUUUUGUCAUUAACAGUACACACGGGCAGUUUAAUUAUAUGUUGUAUCAUUAUUGUCGGGGCAUGUUGGGCUGAUUGAUGUCAUUUUCUCCCCUUGCUCUACUUCCUGUCUGCCCGACCCCUUGCCCCCGCCUUCUCUGUGGUUGUCAUGGAGACGCACCACUCUGCAUCCUCACUGUCAUUAAUCUUUGCACCCUCACAAUAUUUCUAAAAGGGGAGAUUUCUUAAAGAUCAACAUGUUUACUAAUGGAAUAUUUCAAUUUUUUUUUCUGUUCAAAGAGAAUGAAAGAAUAAAGUAGUUUUUACUCUCGGUU